AUGAUGAGAAGGCCUGCUGCUGCGGCGGCGGAGAGGUCGGCCGCCGGGGCGGCGAAAGGCGGCGGCGGCGGCGGCGGCGGCGGCAUUGGGCGGGGGGACGUUAUCCCCCGGGCGGUGAUGCUGCUGGUCGGGAAUGGGUUCCUGCUUAUGUACGCCUUCUCGAUCGAGACCAUCUACGCCAUGUUCCUCAAGGACAAUUUUGGUUACGGCGAGUCAGUCCUGUCGAUGGUUUUCGCCCUCAACGGGGUGGCCGUGGGCGUGCUGCAGCUCUUGGGGAUGCGGCACUUGGUGCGGCUUCUGGGGAAGCACAUGAUGCUCAUCGCCGGGAACAUGUGCCUCGCGGCCGGGAUGGUGGGGGUCGCCUUCUGCCGCCACCCUGUCGUACACUUUGCGCUGUUCACUGUGCACAUCAUGGGCUACUCUCUGGCGGACACGGCCCUCGUGGCCCUCAUCAGCAGGUACGCCUCGCCCGCCACGCAGGGACGGAGCCUGGGUCUCAACCAAGCGGCCCAGUCCAUGGCGAGGGUCGUCAGCCCCGUGUGGUCGAAGCGGCGGCUUCAGCUGCCCCUGGGGGCCCUCCCUUACCUCGUGGGGUCGGUGUUCCCGCUGGUGGGGGUGGCGGUGCCGUUCUGGCUUUACUUGCGCAGCGUCGAGGCCAAGAAACAAAACGGCGUUUACACGAGGGGGGGCGGGGUGGUCCAGGACCCCGGGCGUCAGGUCGGCGGCGUCAUUGGGCACAACAAGCAUUGUUAGUAGGAAACGACGAGAGCCAGCCGGCGUGCCAUGUAUUGUGAGUUGGGGUACAGCGAGAGGGGCCGUUCGCGCCGUGGGACCGCGAGGGGUCAAGGAGGAGGAGGUGGUGGUCUCUGGCGAAUGCAGUUGGCUGCAACACAGCCCGGUGGUCAAGAAGGAGGAGGUGGUGGUCUCUGGGGAAUGCGGUUGGCUGCAACACAGCCCGGUGGUCAAGAAGGAGGAGGUGGUGGUCUCUGGGGAAUGCGGUUGGCUGCAACACAGCCCGGUGGUCAAGAAGGAGGAGGUGGUGGUCUCUGGGGAAUGCGGUUGGCUGCAACACAGCCCGGUGGUCAGGGAGGAGGAGGUGGUGGUCUCUGGGGAAUGCGGUUGGCUGUAGCGCAGCCCGGUGUACCGGUGUGCACGUCAAUGCUAUGACUGCGUGCAUUGUGUGCGAGGAGAGAGAAAAUGCACCUAAUAGAAGGACGCACGCGAGGGGGGGGGGGUAUUCUACCACAUCUGCUGUGCCCCCUGCCCUUGGUUGUGGUGUGGGGCGGUGUUGGUUGCGUGAUUUUGGUUGUGAUUCUGGCGGGUGGCGCGAUGGUUGGGAGUUGGGAAGGGGAGGGGUCAGCAACAAACGUUGUCCCGGGACCGGGCUGGCAACGAGAGAUUGCGGCGAGAAAUGGUGUGAUUUAGACUGUCUAGAGGGACUGCGGGGGGACGCGUGCGGGUGUGGCGUGGAACGCUACGCGUUAGUCGGCAAGGGUUACUCUGCCUCUGCCUCUCUUUCGGUUGCGCAUUUGGUGUGUCGGACCGGCCAGUCGCAGGCGCUCGAGGCUUCGAGAAGUAUCGAGGACAGAUACAUUACGGUUCGGUGUUCUCUGUCUCCUGUAUGAGUCCCCCCCGCCCCGCCUUUUUUUUAUUUAUUGCCAAGGGAAACGGUCGCAUUUUCCCAGCUAGUCAACUUGUUGCAUCGCGGAGGAGUGCUGCGAGCGGCAUGGCUGUCGGUUUGAGCUUCGGCCGGAGGCUAUAUUCCGUACCGGCUUCAUAUCCCGUACCGGCCGGUCGGGGAAGACAGACAGACAGCCUACGUGGUGUGGAGCGGUGUCGAGAGCUGAGCGGCGGCGUUGUGGCGCAAACGUCGUGAUUGGUGCCGGCGGGGGGGGGACGCCAAGAAUGGGCGCUACAGCGGUAGUAGUUGUCCUAAUCUCUAUUUGCCCGUCCCGCACUCGCCCGGCCGCCUUGUAAAUAUGGGGUGCGUUUGAUGGUUAUCCGUGUUUGCCGUCUGUAUCGUACCGUAACAUUAUGUUGUUCCCGUCGAUGACGGUGUGACGCCGUGAGGAGUAUUCAUCCCGCGCCCGUCAGCAGCCCGUAUUCUCUCGGAAGAGGAACGAUCCAGGGAGCAAUCCGAGCAAAUUCAUUGGCUUGCUGCUGGAAAAAACAAACAGCUGUGCUCUCCAGAAGAGGACGCCUGCUAGACGGAGGUGUGGGCAGCGGGCGGGGGUAUGUUUUUGGUGUGUUGUUUGGUUGUGUCGGUUGGAUGAAAGUGGUAGCCUGGUGUCUACGUCGGCGCUAUGGCGCGUAGUACGUAUUCGAGUGUCCGCGAGGCGAGCGGGGGCGCCGCUGCUUACUACGCCCCCCUUGAAGGGGAGGUUACGGUGCGGAACCCCGGGCACCACGGCGCGCGCACGUUCGCGACACGCCUCCUCGUAUAGUGUGACUGGUCGAUGAAUUCUGGUCUUGAAGGUGAUAAAAUGACGGCAGAUAGUUCACCACCAGUAGGGCUUCGAGUGCGCGCGUUGGUGGGCGGAUGCCAUCUGUACAUAGUAGGUAGGAUGCCACAUCGGCGGGCGUUUUCGAUUUUAGGCCUUUUUUUUGUGGUUUUUUGUGGCAACCUGGCGGGUAGUGUCAGUCGGAGUAUGGGUGAAAACCUUGCUGUGCGGAAGUGAGUUAAGAAAAUAGGAUGAAAGAGU